ACGAGAGAGAGAGAGAGAGAGAGAGAGAGAGAGCAUUGGCUGGUGCUUCUCUCAGUUCCCAUAGCAAACUCCAUGGAUGUGGAAGGCCAAAACUCCAAUCGCCAGAACCAGGAUGCCGCUCCCCUGAUGAGCAAAGGCCUGAGGAGGGUCCUCAUCGUCCUCAACUGCGUCCUCAUGGCGCUCGGCAACACUGGCGGCCCACUUCUCCUCCGCCUCUACUUCCGCAGCGGCGGGAAGCGUCAGUGGCUCUCGAGCUGGCUCGUGACCGGCGGAUGGCCCCUCAUCUUCCUCCCUCUCCUCGUCACCUACCUCCAUCGCCGCCGCCACCAAAUCCGCCCCAGCCAUAUCCACCCCACCAAGCUCUUCUUCAUCACCCCGCGACUCUUCCUCGCUUGCGCCUUCCUCGGCCUCCUCACCGGCCUCGACGACUUCCUCUACGCCUACGGGCUGUCUUUCCUCCCCGUCUCCACCUCGUCUCUCCUCAUCUCCACUCAGCUGGCCUUCACGGCUUUCUUCGCCUUCCUCAUAGUGAAGCAGAAGUUCACCCCGUACUCGAUCAACUCGGUGGCAUUGCUGACGGUCGGGGCGGCGAUCUUGGGACUCCACGUAAGUUCCGACCGGCCGGACAACGUGACCAAGAGUGAGUACUACAUGGGGUUCAUCCUGACACUGGGGGCGGCGGUGCUGUAUACGCUGAUCAUGCCUCUGGUGGAGCUGAUGUACGCCAAAUCGAAGCAGGCGAUCACCUACACGCUGGUGAUGGAGACGCAGUUGGUGAUGGGGUUCUUCGCGACCGCUUUCUGCACCGUGGGGAUGCUAGUGAACAAAGAUUUCAGGCGAUUCCACGUGAAGCAAGGCACUCCGAAUGUGGGGAGUCUAGAUACUACGUGAUACUUGUUUGGAACGCCGUGGUAUGCCAAUCCUUCUUCUUGGGCACAGUGGGUGUCAUCUUCUGCGUGAACACGCUGCUCGCCGCCAUCCUCAUCUCGGUGUUCAUCCCGGUGACCGAGGUGUUGGGUGUCGUCUUC